AUGUCGCAACCAGCUCCGAGCUCCCAGGUUGCCGAGCCCGCUGAUCAUGAGACCAUCUCGUCCGACGAGGCGCCCCUCCAGGAGCCCUCCGCGCCCGCUGCGGCGCCCGCUGCGGCGGCCGCCGCGGCCGCCGAGCGGGCCGACGUCACCGAGUCCGCGCAGCUGACCGCUCGAGACUCCCAGACCGUCCCCUCGCUCCCAGACGCGCUGCCGCCGCCGACCGCUUCACAGAUCGAGGAGUUCAGUGACGACCUGCACUUCAACAAGAGCGACGUGGAGCCGUCGCUGCGCAGCGUUGCCGAGACCAACCACAUAUCGUUCCGAGACGCUGCGGAGCUGACCGAAUGGAGUGAGACGACAGGCAAGCCAGCUGCCAACGACGUGGUCGUGGGCAAGCCCGCCAGCUCCGACGCCGCCCUCAUGAAGAAGCCCAGCGCCACGUUCGAUGGCGAUCACGAGACGGCCUACAUGUUCAGCUGGGACAAGGAAUCACGGCUCGCUGCAAGGAAGCCCACGACUGCUCCGACCAGCACGCCACCAGAGAUGGCAAUUCGAACUGAACGACCACACGGUGCCAAUCCCGAGGAUGCGGUCAUCGCGGUGUGGGCUGAUGGCAUGAGGAGGGGGGUUCCGCAGAUGACAGUGAAGAGGUGGGACGCGAUCCACGGAGUUGUCAAGGCCCCUGAUGGUCACGAUGCGACAGGUGUCAAGACCAUCCCCAGCAAGACGUCGAACCCGAACGGCAUCGACCUGUACGACGGCGUGGACAAGGAUGGCAACAGAGUGUGGUGCUUCUUCCGCUCGAACAGGCCCAAAGGGAAGCCCGAGCAGAGGCUAAUCGCCGUCCGCGUCCACGGUCAGGACCAGCUCACGCAGGGACUUGGAGAGCUCUACGCUGCUACGUGGGCGAACGACUUGGCGAAGCGCUACUGCGACGGCGUGCUGACGAGGGAGCAGGUGCACGAGAACAAGGAGAAGAUCAAGUACAACUACAUGAAGAUGAUGAAGUCCAAGGUCGUGAAGAGGCCAGCAUCGGCCAGUUCGCCUACGCCAGCUGGCGGCAGCUCGUCAGCGGCCGCGCCCAGCGACGGCGCCAUCGGCGCGGACCACGUGGUGCUCGACGGCAAGGUUCCCGACGGCAAUCGCACCACGCCGCCUCGCUGGAAGGCCACGGGCGAGGGUAUCGAGUUCAACGAGCUGAUCGGCACCAAGUUCGAGGGGAUGGCGAAGGCGCUGGAGGUCGAGUGCGCGGAGACGGCGCGCAUGCGGCCCGUCAUGCAGGCUAACAUGGGCACCGCCGCCAACCCCAUGCACUGCUCCGUGCAGACCGACCUGCUGUGCACUGAGACGGAGCUCACCCAGGCGUUCAGGCUGAUGAUGGCCUCGCAGCCCGCCGAGGGCACGACGCCUGAUGCACCAGAUGAUGCAGUUGAGUCUGCUGAGAUGGCGGCGCUGAGGCAGAAGCUCGAAGAUGAACGUGACCCAGUCCUCGAGACGAUCGCUGGCGAGGGCUUUCGAGUGGAGUCAGGCACGCCAAUGUACAAGCGCUUCUACCUAUGGCUCCUGAACAACAGUGAGGAGAAGCAGCGGUACGACGCUCUCGACCGCGACGAGAAGGCAUCGCGGCGGUCUCAGUGGGCGAUGAAGAAGUACGACACCUACACGGACUACCACACGAGGGUGCAGAAGACCAUCAAGAGCGAGCAGGCCAUCUACCGCUGGUUCAACUUCGACAUGCUCGUCCAGGGGCAAGGAGGCGGUGCGUUCCCGAGCCGAGCUGUGAUGGCAGGAUGCAGGAGCAUCGCGCUCAACGCGAUGAAGAAGGGGCCCAGGUUCGUGAGGAUCAACUCCGACUCGAAUCGGAUCGAGUUCAAGAAGCGCAUCGACGAGGGCAAGGCCAAGCCUCACAACGGCAAGGCCAAGGCCAAAGGCAAGGCACAGCCGACGGGCAAGAGCAAGGCCGCCAAGGCUUCGCCGCCACCCACCGCCAAGUCGCUGGCCAAGCACGCCACAGACGUCACCCUGCGCUACGGCAUGGCGAUGAACGUCGCGAGGAAUCUGCUCGAGAGGAUCGACACGCAACCAUCCAUGGACUGGGCUCGGUCGGAGAAGUUCCGCGGCAAGCUCAAGCGCUCGAUUGAUCAGGUGGACAAGGUCGUGAACCAGUACGAGGAGAUCAAGAGCGCAGUGUCAGUGGGCUCCACGCUCGCGUUCGGCGACGGCGUGGACUUCCACUCGGAGAUGAACAAGUACAACCAGAUGACAUCUGCGCUGGAUGAGCUCGAGUCCCAGAGCAAGCGCAUCAGGGACACGGCCUACUCCGACUCCGACUAG